UUCCCUCUCUCUCUGUGUCUCUUCAUAAAACAUUGAAACCGAAGGAUAUAUUAAGCAUCAGUGCAGGAAAAGUGAAAGAAGCGGCAGCCAUGGCAACCUUUAGCUGCUCCCCAACACUUCUGCUUUUUCCAGCUUUCAUUCCUCUUAUUCUUCUCUGCUUAUCCCCCAUGUACCAGAAAAAUCUCUUUAUCUUUUUCCCUUCAUUUUCCAUUACAUUCACCUAUCAAAAUUCCAACCACAGCACCAAGCAACUUCUUGCAGAACUUUCAUUUAUCAUAUCUCCCUCACCUUCUCCUUCUACACCAAGUUACAACGCUGUUAGCUGUAUCAGGAAGAAGGGUAGGUCGGAGAGGGUUGAAGCAGACUUGGCUAGCGCACGAGCGGCAAUACGUGAAGCGAUCCGCACAAGGAAUUAUACAUCAUAUAAGGAGGAAAAAUUCAUCCCCAGAGGUUGCAUGUACAGAAACGAAUACGCUUUUCAUCAGAGUCACAUAGAAAUGGUGGAGAGAUUCAAGAUAUGGACCUACAAGGAAGGAGAGAGACCCCUGGUCCACAGUGGGCCCAUGAAACAUAUCUAUGCGAUUGAGGGCCAGUUCAUUGAAGAAAUAGAGGGUGGGAAAAGCCCAUUCAAGGCACAGCAUCCUGAUGAGGCCCAUGUAUUCUUCCUACCAGUUAGCGUAGCAUACAUUGUUAACUACAUCUACUUGCCUAUCACCACUUACUCUCGUGAUCGUUUGGUGAGGAUCUUUACUGAUUACAUCAAAGUUGUGGCCAAGAAGUACCCAUAUUGGAGCAGAACCAAAGGAGCUGAUCACUUUAUGGUCUCUUGCCAUGAUUGGGCACCAGAAGUCGCGGGGCAGGACCCUGAACUUUACAAGAAUUUGAUAAGAGUGCUAUGCAAUGCUAACAGCUCCGAAGGAUUUCAUCCCAAGAGAGACGUUGCAUUGCCAGAAUUAAACUUGCCUCCACGAGGAUUUAGCCCACGUAGGUUCGCCCAACCUCCUGAUAAGCGCACCAUUCUCGCCUUCUUUGCGGGUGGUGCCCAUGGAAACAUUCGUAAAAUCUUGCUCCAUCAUUGGAAGGACAAAGAUAACGAAGUUCAAGUCCAUGAGUACCUUUCUAAAGGCCAAGAUUACAGUAAAUUAAUGGGACGAAGCAAGUUUUGCUUGUGCCCAAGUGGGUUUGAAGUGGCUAGUCCUAGAGUGGUUGAGUCAUUUUAUGCAGGGUGUGUUCCUGUGAUCAUUUCUGACAACUAUGUACUGCCAUUCAGUGAUGUUCUUGACUGGAGCAAGUUCUCAGUCCAGAUUCCGGUGGAGAAGAUACCGGGAAUUAAGACGAUCCUGCAAAGUAUUCCGGGAAACAAAUAUCUGGAAAUGCAGAGGAGGGUGUUGAAAUUGAGGAGGCAUUUUGAGCUUAACAGACCAGCUAAGCCUUUUGAUAUCAUUCAUAUGGUGCUUCACUCAAUAUGGCUUAGAAGGCUUAAUCUUAGGCUACAAGAUUGAUUUCUGACAUUUCUAUAACACACACAACCUUUCAGUCUUUAUCUUUUACUUUGUUCAAGUUAGAGAUCAAAUUUUGUGCUCCAAUCAAGAUAUAUAAACAAUACAAUUCAAGGAACACCUUUAUUUUCUA